UAAUUGGAGGGCCUUUGUUCGACUUUCCCAGUCUUUGUUUACAACACAUACGGGCCGAAAAUCAUUGUUGUCUAUAAAAUCUGUGAAAUAUUGAACGAUGACACAGUUUGUUGAGAGAUUCCAUCCAGUGAACAUGGGAAUUUAUACGACAAACUUGAUAUUCACGCUUCUGGGCUCAGCGGUUGUUUCCGGUGUCUUCAUAGAUGGGAGGAAUGAGUAUAGAUUGACAAGACAAGCUCCACCUGAUGAUGAAUGCCGUCCUCCAAGACCAGGCCCCAAUGAGGAUGGUGUAUGCUGCGACAUGCCUCCCGUCUUUCGAACGGCACACGACAAAUUCGAGAGCUGCUUGGAGGAGUUGAGCAGCAUCUUCCCUCCCCCUCCUCCACCACCCCACGGUCACCACGGACCUCCCCCUCCUCCUCCAGGAGCUCGAGGACCACCUCCUCCCCCUCCACCUGGCGGUCGACGUGGUCCACCUCCCGGCUUCGGAGGACCUCCCGGACAUGAACCACCAAUUUUCGCUUGCGCUCAUGAAUGUCUGUUCAACAAAACUGGAAUGCUGGAAAAUGGCAAGCUGAACGUGGAAGCUUUGAAGAAGAAACUGGAAGAUGAAUUAGGAGAAAAUGAAGUAUGGAAGAAUUUGGUUCAGUCAAUCGUUGACAAAUGCAUGGAAUCCAAAGACGCUCCAUCAAACGAAAUGUGCACCAGUGGAUCCCACGAGCUUGCACGAUGUGUUCUCAGGGACAUGUUUAUGAACUGCCCACAAGAGAAGUGGAAGGAAUCUGAUGAUUGCAGUAACAUGAAAAUGAAAUUGGAGAAAUGCCCCGAACUGGUUCCUCCAAUGGCAAUGAGACUGCCACAUCCACCAAUGCCGUAACGUCAUUUUCAAAAUGUUCUACGAUAUUGAUUGGUUAAGAUUAAAAAUAAUUGAUUGGAGUAUGAAGUCCAAAUUAUAAGCUUUAUAAAGAGCCUAAUAAAAUUAUAUGCAAAUCGGAGA